GCAAAGUGACGUCAUAACCAAGCUCAGGUUAGCGCGUCGAACUCUUUUUCGACGUCGGACUGAAAAGGAGGCAAAAAUGUGCAAGAUGAAGGAGUUGGUGGCACUUUUGCUUGUGGCUGUACAAAUUAAAAACGUCAAGCCCGUGAUUCACACACUCAAGUAUAUCCGCACAGCAUCAUCUCGAAUUCCAAACUUCCCAGAAUACUUGGAGGUGGGUUAUAUUGACGGUGUUCAGAUUACCCACUACGACAGCAAGAGCAGGAAGUAUCGACCCAAACAGGACUGGAUGAACAAAAUCACAGCCAAGGAUCCGCACUACUGGGACAGAAACACACACAUUAGUCUUGGCAAUCAGCAGACCUACAAAGCCAGCAUUGAAAUUCUUCAAGAGCGCUUCAACCAAACUGGAGGUGUUCACAUGAUCCAGCGGAUGUCAGGCUGCGAAUGGGACGAUGAGACCGGCGAGGUGGACGGAUGGGAACACUUUUCUUACGACGGAGAAGACUUUAUAUUGUUUGAUUUGAAGGGAUUGAGGUGGAUUGCGGUCAAGCCGCAAGCUGUCAUCACCAAACAAAAGUGGGACAAACUGGACGAUUAUAAGCAAUUGAAGAAGUAUUAUUUCACUGAGGAAUGUCCUUCUUACUUGAAGAAGCACUUGAGCAAUGGGAGGGACUUCCUCAUGAGAACAGAGCUUCCGCGGAUCUCCCUGCUGCAGAAGACAUCACGGUCACCGGUGACUUGCCACGCCACGGGUUUCUACCCCAGGGAGGCCACCCUGUUUUGGAAGAAGGACGGCGAGGAGCUCUUUGAGGACGUGGAGAUGAGCGAGACCCUCCCCAACCACGACGGGACCUUCCAGACUACUACCGACCUCAAAGCGGUGGACGCCAACGCCAAAUACGAGUGCGUCUUCCAGCUGGCCGGCGUCCCGGAGGACGUCGUCGUCCCGUUGGACCAUGCGAAGAUCUUGAGCAAUGAGCGCAUUGAAGCGGAAGAAAGGAGGAAGACUGGGGUGGCUGUUGGCAUCCCGUUGGCGUUCCUCGCCCUGACCCUUGCGAUCAUCGUCGUCAAAUGCAGAAAAGCCGAUUACACCCUAGCUGCGACUUCUGAGCAAUCUUCCUCCGAGAGUGCUCCCGAAGCCGCUUCUCCUACUGCCGAGACCCCUUUAGCCGAGCCCGCUCCCGAGUGAGACACCUUCCCACGGCGUAGGAAGACGAGCGAAAUGUCUCCACGCAAGCGCUUUCUCAUCAUCCUGGAUUUGAAAAGAUGAGAUUUGUAGUUAAUGUGGACAAGGCAUGUGCCGGUUACCGGUUUAAGGUAUACCGUGGUAUGAAAACGUCAAGGUUUCAGAACCGCUAAAAUUUUCUGUCAUACCGUCAAUACAGUACGUUAUUAGCUAUUUUUUAAGUCCCAAAAAUGCAGAGCUCACCCCUCCACCUCGUGUUGUCGGUCAGUGUCAGUGACUCAGCUGUGCUGCACGUUGGCGGGAAGACAUGAAACACCUGAACUUUUUCCCCCCAUUAAAGAAAAGGAAGUCACUGGUAUGGGAAUACUUCGAGGACAGGAAAGUUACAGACAGCUGUGUGGGCCAACAGCAGUGUUGUUAAUUACGGCGUUAUUUUUUUCUGUAGUUUUUCUUGGCAACGCCGUUACCGUUACUGAGCAUGUAAAGGCGUGCGGUACUAUGUGUUACUACGUUAGUUGAAUGACAUGAGAAAAGUUUGAGAGACACGGACUGACAGAGAUGAGAGACCAGAGCGGGACUGGGGAGGAGGCAAUGGACUUGUGACGCCGUUGCAAACGCGAUGCUAAGUGGCUCCAAUAAUACCUGACUGUAGCCAAUAACCUACAAACCACACCCACAUGAUGCUACAGUAGAUAUCACAUGUAUAUAGAAUUAGAUGCGAAAUGACGGCCACGUUGGCGUUAGCACAAUGUUUAGAGAACUAGAUGCGAAAUGAUAGACUCGCCGGCAUUAGUAAACAGCUGCCAUCUUAAAGCAGUAGACUUCUCAGGAAGGCGCUGUUGUAGAGAACCUUCAGCGAACCUAAGUAACUAUUUAUUUAAAAUACUCCUAAAUUGGCAAAAUCUUGACUUGAAUCUAUUGUUAUAUGAUGAAACAGUUUUAAAACUUUCACAUGUCGAAAGUAGACAAAAGGGCAAUAACGGGAGCAAUUUUAACAACUUUUAAAGGUUGAUUCACAACAUUAAAUGACUUCCAAACAUAGCAAAGGUUAUUAUUAGGGCUGUCAAAAGAUAAAAAAUUUUAAUCGAGUUAAUUACAGCUUAAAAAUUAGUUAAUCGCAAUUCAAACCAUCUCUAUAAUAUGCCAUAUUUUUCUUUAAAUUAUUGUUGGAACGGAAAGAUGAGACAUAAGAUGGAUAUAUGUAUUCAACAUGCGGUACAUAAGGACUGUAUUUGUUUAUUAUAACAAUAAAUCAACAAGAUGGCAUUAACAUUAUUAACAUUCUGUUAAAGUGAUCCAUGGAUAGAAAGACUUGUAGUUCUUAAAAGAAAAAUGUUAGUACAAGUUAUAGAAAUUUUAUAUUAAAACCCCUCUUAAUGUUUUCGUUUUAAUAAAAUUUGUAAAAUUUUCAAUCAAAAAAUAAACUAGUAGCCCGCCAUUGUUGAUGUCAAUAUUUAUUACUUACACUAUAAAAUCAGUCGCACCCAAGCGCCAGCAGAGGGCAGCAAAAGUCCGCAAAACACAAUUAACAAGUGGGCCUUUUACUCUACUGCCAUUUAAAUCUGUCUGAGCUGGGCAAGUGCGUUAAUUACGUCAAAUAUUUUAACGUGAUUAAUUUAAAAAAUUAAUUAACGGCCGUUAACGCGAUAAUUUUGACAGCCCUAGUUAUUAUGUUUUUUUUUUUUUUCUUGGGAAUGGAAAAAAAACAUGAAUGGUAACACCAGUUAUUUUGCCAAGUAACUAAUUACUCUUACAUUCAGAUAACUGGUUACUAACUCAAUUACUUUUUGGGAGAAGUAAUAUGUAACUAAUUAUUAUUAUUAUUAUUUUUUUAAGUAAGAUUAACAACAGCGGGUAGGGGCUAUGUGAUCUUCUCCUCCGGACUCGUGAGAGAAAAACUGCUGUUAAAACAGGACACAUAGGAUUUCUGUGCAAAUAAAGCUUUUAUUUGUUCAUCUGAAACGGUAGUGUCUUCUCUUUUCAUUCCGACUCCAAGGAACCCCGACGUCCUUCAGAAAAAAUACCCAACACAAACUACACAGCUUAUAUCUGCAUCAAAAUCUAAAUAUUCCUCUAACCAUGACACCUAUGGGUUAUCGAUAUGCCUUCACAAAGAAUAGGCAGACCAGGACAAGAUUGGAAAAGAUGACCUAAUGUCGAUUUACCACUUGAACGCCAAUCCAAGCUGUUCCUGUCAUGCCUUGUGUUGAGUUUUGUCCAUGUUAUUACCCACUCAUUUCACCUGUUGUGGCAUGCUCCUUGUGUGUUGACCAAUCUACUGCCUUUUGUGUCACCCACCUGUGUCUAGUUGUCUCGUAACCCCUUGUCUGUAUUUAAGAUCCCCACGUGCUGUCUGUUCUUGUUGUGUCAUUGUCUACCCGAGCACCAUUGACAGCGUCUGUUCUCAAGUUUUACGUCCUUGCCCUAAUGUUUCCCUGUUUCCCAGUUUAGUUUGUACUCCUGAGUUUUGUUUGGACUUUGCCUUUUUGGAUCACAUUGUCUUUUGCAUGGAUUGUUUUUUUGUCACGAUAAUGAAAGCAUUUUGAGUUCAACGCCACCCUGCCUUGUUUUUGUUUUUCCCUGCUUUUUGGUCCACCUGGUCCUCGAUCCCGUGUCAGUCCACUCCUCAAAAUUUGCUCGUUCCUUGACUUCAAGUUUCGCGCUAAGACGCGUCUAAUUGUCCACAAAAAGCAUUAAAGAGAAGCUGAGGAACAUUUUGUCUUCCCGUUCGAGACAGUUUAACUCAUUCGUCGCCACUGACGGCACCAGACGUCCGAUCCAAUGAAUGAAGAGGCACUCUCCCACCAAUGAGUUUAUCAUGAGUAGACAUCCAAUUGGAGUGUGACAAAAUAUCAAAAUGGUGAAUAUCGUGAUACUUUGUAUCCCAAAAGACUAGCGAUAUGCUCCCGCUAAGAAUCCAUAUCUCGUUUUAAGAAGGUGUCACUUAUUUCAAAAAUCAAAAGGAACCAAGUUUCUACCAAAAUCUUCCACGAGAAGAGUCUCUCUUCACUCAAUGGCUGCCAUUGACGGCACGAGACCCCCAAUCCAUUUUGACCGGAAGAGGCAAAUAAACAUUCGCUUAAAUCGAAACGAGAGGAUACGCAGGAAUCCGUUUCGAUUUUCGGGGCAUUUACAGGACACUUCUUGUUGAAUUUGAGUCACUGCCCAUUCAUUUGGGGAGAUUCCGGGUCACUUCCUGUUCUGAAACCCGAAUAUCAACACCAAAUAGCCUAAAACGCCCCCAAAUUAUACUCAUUGGUUGUCAUUGACUGCGGUCGACGUCCAAUCCGUUUGAAGUGUGAGGGAUGGCAGCGAACGAACGAAUGUUCAUUCACUGCCACCCUCCCACUUCAAACAAAUUGGACGUCUACUAAUGAUAAACUCAAUUCAUAUCAUAGCAAAAGGAUGAAAAAGCUUGUGUUUUAUGUUUAUUACUUGGAUAGUACAAUAGUGUAGAAAUAUUUCUUGACCCAUGUAUCAAUAAUUGUUAUAUCGCCAUAUGGAAUAUUGUAGCGAAUUGUGAGCUGCCACCCCUAAUAGUAAGUUUGCAUUAUUUUCAUAUUAAAGGAAACUAAAUUGUUGAUAUUUAAGAAAGACAUUUAAAAAAAAAAAAGUCAAAACACUCCAGUAUCAGCAUCAUUCCAUUUCGUAAUUUAAAGUGUUAAAGUAGGUUCGUGGUCACGUGAUUUCCCAGAAACCCACACUUGGUGAAAGUGAAAGCAAAGUGACGUUAUUACCCAACUCAGGUAAACGCGUCGAACUCUUUGUCUGAUAUUCGAGGGUCGACGUCGGACUGAAAAGGAGGCAAAA